GGAGGCGGGUGGACUGUGAUCCAACGGCGGCAGGACGGGUCGGUUCCCUUCAACCGGACCUGGGAGGAGUACAAACUGGGCUUUGGGAACAAGAACGGGGAGUACUGGCUGGGGAACGAGAACAUCCACCUCCUGACCAAUCAGAAAAACUAUCGCAUGAGGAUUGACCUCGUGGACUGGAACAACGAAUCACGCUACGCAGAGUACAGCACCUUCAGGGUGUCCGGUGAGUCGGACGGGUACCGGCUGCACAUUUCCGGGUAUUCAGGCACCGCGGGAGACUCCAUGACUUACAACAACGGGCACAGGUUCUCCACUGUGGACAGGGACAAUGAUGACUGGAGCGGCCAUUGUUCUCAGCGGUGGGGACAGGCCGGCUAAUGGUUUUGGACCUGCAGCUACUCCCUCCUCAACGGCCGCUACCUGGGCAACUGUGGGUACUCCUGUCCAUCCUCACAAGGUGUGGUGUGGCUCCACUGGAGAGGCGGGUAUUACUCCCUGAAGUCCGUUUCUAUGAAGAUCAGGCCAUAAACAACAUACUUUCUGUUGCCUUUCUGGAUCUAUCAAUCUAAACAACAAGAACGCUUAAUGCCAUGAUCCAUUUAUUAAAAUUCAUGAGUUCUUGACCACAUGAAAUGACACAUAAGAACCCUUCAAUCUUGAAUGUAUGCUGCACGUGAUCGAAAAAAAACGUUUGCCGCACUUUGGAUUUCAUUCUUUUUAAUGUUUUGGUUGUUAAUACUUACACGAUACAUUGUAGACAGAGAAAAAGUGACCCUAAAGGAAUAUUUGAAAAAUAUAUUUGUGCUCUUACUUCACUAAACAGAUAAACAGAUUAACCAUGGUAAUCCCCCUUGUAGGCAGAGGAAUGGUAGGGCCCAGAGGGUUAGAAAGAAACGAAGAUAUUAAGAGACGUCUGGAGAAUAAGACUGGAAGGUUGGCCGAGACGAGCUAAGUGCUCUAAAGACUGUACAUCAAGAACUGGUGUGUUCGAUGUCUUAUAAGGACCUUUGAACAUGGAAUAAGAACAAUGUGAAUAUAUUGGAACGUGAAAAUAGUACACAAGAUGCUUUAUACAAGAGCAAAUAACAUACAUAGUAGUUUUUUUUACCGAGAGUUAAAUUACAACUCUAUAGAUUAAUAAGCGUGAUUAUAUAUAGUGUGUCUUUUUGUUGUAAGCACCACCGAAGCACCUAUUGACUUUUGCAAGAUGUUGUAAUGCAGUUUUUCUAUAAUGUGCUGAUCGAUACAGAAGACCUUGGUGAAAAUUUAACAUAGUACAGAGAAAGGCUGUAGGAAAAUGGGGGUCAAAAGUUCUAAGAAAGACUGUAAGGAAGGAAUGUAAGAAAGUGGUAAGAAAGGUUUAAGAAAGACUGCAAGAAGGCUGUAAGAAAGAGUGUAAGAAGGCUGUAAGAAAUGUUCUACGUCAGCUGUAAAAAGGCUGUGAGAAAGAUGAAAGAAAACUUAUCAAAUGUUGUAAGAAAGGAUGCAAGAAAAGGUUGUAAGAAAACAGUAAGAAAACCUAUAGUAAUGUGUGAAGAUGACAUAUACAUUUAGAGGGUUGACUGACCGUACAUCUAAUGGUUGUUUACUUAUGUUACAACAUUUGAUUGGAGUAAAAAUGAAGUUCAAACAACACAGCUUAUGCCUUUAUUAAACCAGUCUAUGU